UGAGCAGGCGUUGCAUUUAAAUGUUGUGGCUGCAAAGGGGGAAGACCAAAGUCAAGCUUUCAGAAGUGAACAAACUCAUCAGCAGAGUUUGAUCAUCGAGCAUCUCACCUGGAUCGAAGCAAAACCAGUAGCUGGACCCGGACCUCAAACUGCAUCAGAUGGAAAACCGAAGUGAAGAAUUUAACCAGUCAAGCGCCACGACCUUGGGUUAUGAAUAUACCGAUCUCGUUAGUCCAUGUUUUCACAACCAAAACCACAGUGUGGCCAUGGUGAUUGGUCCCUAUGUUCAUUCUAUCAUCUGCAUCCUAGGCUUGCUGGGGAAUAGCCUAGUAAUUGUAACCUAUGCUUGCUACAAGAGGGCCAAGUCCAUGACUGACAUUUACCUGCUGAAUGUCGCCGUUGCUGAUCUGCUCUUCGUGGCAGCCCUACCUCUCAUUGUCUACAAUGAAUUGUCAUUAUGGGUGAUGGGUCCAGUGGUGUGCAAACUGCUGCGCGGCACAUACAGUGUCAACCUGUACAGCGGCAUGCUGCUGCUAGCCUGCAUCAGCGCUGACCGCUACAUCGCCAUUGUUCAGGCUCGUCGAAGUUUUCACCUGCGCUCACUGCCUUAUAGCCGCAUUAUCUGCAUCCUUGUCUGGAUCUUUGCUUUGCUCCUUUCCGUCCCCACCUACUGCUUUUAUCACCAUUAUGAGCCCUCCCACAGUCGGGACGUAUUUUAUAUUGAUGAUUAUGAUGAUGAGGUAAAUACAAGCUCUCAGCCUCCAAAAUAUGUGUGUGAAUUCAAGUUCAUUAACAAUGGCACAGCUGAAAUCACAAGGAUUGCCAUCCCCAGCAUCCAGUUAGCUGCGGGAUUUUUCCUGCCUUUGCUAAUCAUGGUCUGCUGUUACACCAGCAUCAUCUUCACCCUGCUGAAAGCCAAAAACUUCCAGAGGCACAAGGCCGUGCGAGUGGUGCUGGCUGUGGUAGCAGUGUUCAUUGUCUGCCACCUGCCCUACAAUAUCACGCUUCUCUACGAAACCGUGCACAUGUUUGAAGAACAAUCUUGUGAUGCCUCAGAUGCCUUGCAGACAGCCAAGACUAUCACGCAGACUAUGGCCUACCUGCACUGCUGUCUCAACCCAGUCUUGUAUGCUUUUAUUGGUGUGAAAUUCAGAAAUCACUUCAGGAGGAUCAUCCAGGAUCUGUGGUGCCUGGGGAAGAGAUACAUUGCACCACGCCGCUUCUCCAGGGUCACUUCAGAGGUCUACGUUUCUGCUCGCCGUUCUGUGGAUGGAUACAGUGACAAAGGCUCUUCUUUCACCAUGUGAGGCCUGUCUGGUGCAUCGCAGCCACCUGGAGCUCCACAUGUUACAAAUUUAGAUAUCUGCAUCAAAGAGACAUACAAAUCUGGGCGUUUCAUUAAUAUGUGCUUUUCAAAUUUGAAUUUUUGAAGUCUUAUGGACUUUUUAAUCUCUACACAGAAGGAAGUAUGUUUCAGUCCCCCAAAGAAUCACUGAGCUAAAGCUUGUAGCAUCAAUGAUAGUUAAGUAUAUGCCAUAAUGCCCUCAUGUAGCACCACCAUUUUUAACUCUUCUAAUCUUCUUAUCUGGUGGAAAGAGCAGCAAGAACUAAGAAUGCAUCUGGGUCUAGAUCCUAGAACCCAGAUACUUCAAAUUAAGGAUCUAGUCUCUGCAUUGUAAAUUCAACAUGCUGCCGCUUCAAAAUAGAACUGAACUAAAACAUUGAUUCCUCAAUGUGACUCUUAUGAAAUCAGAAGAAAUGCCAGUAAAGAAAGAGAUGUUCCCUGUAAAACAGAACAAUGGAAAAUAACUUGAGGAUAGAAAAGAUAAAUUACAAUGUGACGUUAAAUUUUGUCUCCAUUUAUAACUAAAUAAUAAAAAUAAAUUUUGCAUGUAAAAAGUAUUUUUCCUUGCCAUUGGUCACCUGAAUCCACAAACUGUAAAAUGACAAACAUCCAGUUCUGAGAGAACUGAUGUGUCUUCAGAAAAGGAGGGCGCACGCUUCAUCGUUCACGUCCAUGUACAGAAACUGAUCAUAUUUUUACAUAAUCCAUCACCGCCCAAGCCUACACGUAAUCUAGGCCCGGCUUUAACCUUCAGUGUUAAAGUUUUAGACUCUCAUAGCAAGAAGGUCAUGGGAUCAAUUCCCACCUGUGGCCUUUCAGUGUGGAGUUUGCAUGUUCUCCCUAUGUUCGUAUGCGUUCUCUCCGAUACUCUGGCUUCCUCCAACAUCCAAAAACAUGCAGGUUAGGUGGAUUGGAAACUUUGAAUUGUCCAUAGGGGUGAGUGUGUUUGUCUCUACGUGUGCCUGCAACAGACUGGUGUCCUGUUCAGGGUAAACCCCACCUCAUGCCCUGUGGCUGCUGGGAUAGGCUUCAGUCCCCUGUGACCCUUAAUUGGGCAGUGCAGUCUCCUUUGAGGGGGAGCACUAUAGGGUUAAAAUAUGACGCAACAAUCCUACAUCCUGGGACGGCUGUCGUCUGUCCCUAUCAGGAACAUGGUACUUUGUCUGAGUUUUUGGACAAAUUACACAGCAAGCAAAGUGAAAAUGCAAAGAAAAAGUGACAAUGCGGUGGAAAGUGGACACAUGUUGUGGUUUGUUUAUAACCAGAAGCUCAAACAGAUGGUCGUGCAGGUGAGAUAAUGUGCGUGUGUGUGUGUGUCGGCUAAAACUUACGAACAUGAACUCUCCUAUUUGCCUCAUCUUACCUUCUCCACUGGGAACUGAAAAACUGCACUUUUCGUGACUGCUUCAGUGAUUGCAGAUGAAAACAAGAGUGUACAUCAUCUUUCUGUUAGAAGUGAUGGUGUGUUUAUGUUGUGCAACAGCAGGCUGUCCCUGGAAGUGGUCAAAUCCCAUGAUAUCGCUCAAGGGUUCAAACGAGACUGCGCUGCCCCAUAGGAGUAAGUGGUUGAAGAUGAAUGACUGUGAUUUCAAACUGUUCAAAUUUUAGUUGUUAUGACCUUUAUAGGGGUCAUAUUGUCCACUUUUUAACAAGUUAAUAUACUGUAGUAGGUACCACACAAAAAUAUCCCAUAGGCUGUUUUAAAAAAAAAAAAUGAUUGGAGAAAAAAGUAAACAGCCUGUUUCUGUAAAUGGAAUUAGCUCCUUCUGGCCAUGCCCCCACUCUGCAGACAUGGUGUUGGUGUGCCUCAAAGGGCAAAUGGGACUUCAUAUAUUGAUGUCUGUGAUGUGCAAGACCUCUAAAAGUUGUUUUAGGUCUAAAUUUAUAUACUGACAGUCUUCGUAGAGCAGGUAACUUAGUGCCUAAGGAGCUGGUCUGCUAAUAUGUAGACUUGGGUUUGAAUCCUGCUCACACUACCUGUUUGUGUCCAUGGACAAAACACUUAAUCUGCAGCGACUCAGUCCACCCAGCUCUAAAAAUGGGCUGUGGCCUUGGUUGGUGACGUAAAUGUGAGGCAUCAUUGUACAGGGUUUUGAACAUCUGCGAUAUGUAAAAGCGUGAUAGAAAUGCAGUCCUUCCUUCUCACUGAAACAUACUUAACUGUAAAUAUGACACAAUAUGACCUCCUUUAAUUGUCAUCUUUAUUUUAUGCCUUUUUGUUUGCUCAAAAAUUCUGCUUUUUAUUUUGUUUUAAAUGAACUUUGCCAAAAGUGAUAUUAAUGUCAUAAACAGAUGUAUUUCAAAUUCUGGAUUGUAUUUGGUUUCACUGAAUAAACUUCUGUCUGAUGUUUCC